AUGCAAGUACCAAGAUUAUAUACCAAUGCCGUGUUUGCUGGAUACAGAAGAGGACAAAGAAACAUUUACCCGAACGUCGCCAUCCUCCACAUCGACGGUGUCAACAUGAAAGAAGACACCGAGUUUUACAUUGGAAAGCGUUGCGCUUACAUAUACAAAGUCGCCGUGAAGAAAGGCAGCAAGAAGCCAGCUGUCAGAGCUAUUUAUGGAACCGUUGUUGCUGCCCAUGGAUGCGCUGGUGCCGUCAGAGCUCGUUUUGCACACAACCUCCCACCAAAAGCCAUUGGUGAAAACGUUAAAGUGUUCCUUUACCCAUCAAAAAUCUAA